CUUUGUCUCUUCCGCCGGGCUCGGAGCAGCGUCCGCGCUCCGCUGUCGCUCCUGCAGGGGGCCCAGGUGUCUCUGCCGCAGCCCGUGUCACCCGUGACCUGCAGGGUCCUUCCGCCUGCGGGUGUGGUGGUAGCAGAUGGAGGGGUCGCGCUGAGGCCUUGACAUGCACAUGCUCAAGAUGCAGCUGUGACCUGUGCAGAUGACCUCAGCUGAGAGGGCGCCUUAGAGAGGCCGGAGGAAGAGGAAGAAAUGGCUGGUUCUCAGGUAAGUUCUCCCAGGUCAGGGGCUGUGUCCACUUUCACUGCUAGAAUGUCCUGUAUUUGGGACUUGCAAACCUUUGCUUCUCUGCUUCUGGUGGUUCUGCCGAACAAGAUUGUCUCAACUACUUAGUUUCCAUUCUUCUUCGGAUACUCAAGGGCUCCUUAAAAUCCUCCUCCCCUGCAUUGCAGAGCCUUCUCUGCCUUCUCUCCAUGCAGGCUGUUCACAUAGCGUGCACAGUUCCCACCGUGAGUUUGUGGCCUGCAGUACUGAGCAUGCUCCCUUUCUGACAGAUCAGCUUGGGAAGAUGUGGAUACUGGAGAAUCCUCUGGGGCACGGGGCUGGGUCCUCAGCUGUCAGUGGGGGGACCUGUCCUGUGAGGUCGCAUGUGGAUGCCCCGUCAUCUUUAUGCCAAACAGGAUUUUAAAAGGCACAUUCAAAGAGGAUGGUAUUAAUUGCCCCAGAUAACUCAGAAAUUUCUGGAAAACAGAUUAGUUGGAAGAGUUGUGCUCUGUAGGAUGCUGUGGAGGGACUAUUUAAAUAAAAUAAACCAUUAGCGAUUACAGAACAUGGGAAAUAUAUAUGUGGUUUGAACUUGGCAUAAAACUGAUAUUAUUUAUGAUUGGAUUCACAGUAUAGGUAUUUAUUGGUGGCCAGUAAUGUCACAGCAGUGAUGCGGUGUCCUGAGCACAUCAGCACCUAACACAAACUUACGCUCUUACAGUUGACGUGAAGUUUACUUACUUGGUUAAAGUGGCCUCUGACAGACUCCUCUACUGUAGUGAUGAUUUUCUAAAUUGUCACUUGCUUUGGAGAAUGAAGGCUCUCAUCUUUGUGUACUGGUCAGGUGAACCAGGAUAAAACCCAGGUUCUACUACUUGCUGUAUGUUGGACAAGAUAUUUUCUAUGGGCUGGAAGAGUUGGAAUUACGGGUGAGUGUGUGAGAAAUGCAGAAACUCAGGCCCCACUCCAGAUCUCCUGAAUCAGAAUCUGCCCUUCAGUACGAUCUCCAGUUCACAGCCGUGCACAUUGAAAUUUCAGUCAUGCCUUUCUAACUCACCUUGACUUUUCCACAUGAGAAACAUAUACAGCUUAUUGUAUAUGAUGUGUAUAUGUAUACAGCACUCAAAAAUGUAUAUGCCUGUGUGGAUGCCCUUAAUUUAUAUGAGUACUUUAUCAUGCAGAAAAGUACAGUAUCUGCACGUUCUGUGGAUCUCUUUGCUGCCCUCUGUCCCCAGAGUAGAGAAUGCAUUAGAGGAUGUUACUGUGUUAAUUGCUGGGUAAUUCCAGUCACUCACGUAAGUCAAAGCCACUUCUCUUCCCUCUCUCGGUUCACCUUUAGUGAAAUUAAGAGCGUUGGCCAUGGCUGUUUGGUAAAUACGUUUUUCCCCCUAGGGAUUGUUGACAUUCAGGGACGUGGCCAUAAAAUUCUCUGUGGAGGAGUGGGCGUGCCUGGACCCUGCUCAGCAGAAUUUGCAUCGGGAUGUGAUGUUAGAGAACUACGCAAACCUGGUCUCUGUGGGUCUUGCUGCCUCUGAGCUGGACCUGAUUUCCUGUCUGGAGCACAGGCAAGAGCCCGGGCCUGUGAGGAGACAUGAGGCAGGAGCCACACACCCAGAUAUAUUUUCUCAUUUCACCCAAGUCCUGUGGACAAAGAAGUGCAUAGAAGCUCCAUUCCAGAAAGUGAUACUGGGAAGGUUUGUGAGUUGUGGUCUUGAAAAUUUACACGUACGGAAAGACUGGGAAAGCGCAGAUGAGUGUGAAGGGCAGAAUGGAUGUUAUGAUGGACAGAACAAGUGUAGAACAACCACCCAUAAUGAAAAUAUCAGUGAUACUAUAGGUCAAGAGCAUAAAACAUUUUGGAAAAAAGCUUCAUUUAUAUCAGAUACUUCUGCUGAACCAUAUGUUUCUCUAAGUAAAUAUCAGCAUCAAUUUUUGGAGCAUAACUUUUAUCAGAAAGAAAAUUUGGAAAUUCUAGACUGUGGUGUGAUGAAUGUUCCAAAUAAUAAUUUGGACCAAUUAAAAUACAGAAUUGGAUUAAAUGUUCAGUCAAACAUUUCUGAAGAUGUGAUAUCUAAAAAUGAAGGUGAGAUUUCUAAAUAUGAUCAAUUUGAUAGGUCAUUUGUUAAAAGUUUAUUAUUUUUCCACCAAAACAUAAUACCUACUUCUACCAAAAUCUCCAACAGUAAUCACUAUGGGAAAGUCUUCACUUGUUCAUCUAAUCAAUAUCAUGGAAUAGAUAAUUUGGGAAAAUAUCACACUUACAAUAAAACUUUGAUGCCCUUUAGCCAGGGUUCUACCCUAAAUAAUGACCAAGAUAUUUACAUUGCAGACAGAAAUAAUCACUGCCAUAACUCUGAGAAAACCUCUAAUGAAGUGUAUAGUUCUAGAAAAUAUCCGAAAAUGCAUGUUCAAGAGAACGAUUACAAAUGUAACAAAUGUAAGAAAGUCUUUUUUCAAUACUCAAAGCUUAUUGUUCAUCAGUGUAUCCAUAUUCAAGAGAAGCCUUACAAAUACAAUAAAGGUUUAGAAGCUUAUACCCAGCCUUCAAAACAUACUCAGCAUCUUGGAAUCCAUUUUGGAGGAAAUUCAUACAGAUUCAGUAAAUGUGAGAAAGUCUUGAGUCAAUCAUCAAAUCAAAGAGAACAUAACAUAAUCCAUGCCGAAGAGAAACUCUACAAAUGUAAAGAAUGUGGCAAAUCUUCUAAUCAUAUUUCACAUCUUGUUAAACAUCAGAGAAUUCAUACUGGAGAAAAAUUUUACAAAUGUCGUACUUGUAGCAAAUCUUUUACUCGAUCCUCAAGUCUUAUUGUGCAUCAGAGAAUUCACACUGGAAAGAAACCCUGCAAAUGUAAAGAAUGUGGCAAAGUCUUUAACUGUAGUUCACGUCUUACUCAGCACCAGAGACUUCAUAAUGGAGAAAAAUUUCACAAAUGUAAAACAAGUAGCAGAUCCUUUAGUCAUUCCUCAAAUCUUACUGUGCAUCAGAAAAUUCAUUCUGGAGAGAAACCCUAUAAAUGUAAAAAAUGUGGCUUGUCCUUUAUCUGGCCUUCAAUACUUAGACAACAUCACAAAAUUCAUACUGGAGAGAAACCCUACAAAUGUAAGGAAUGUGGGAAAGCCUUUAAGUAUAGGUCCCUUCUUACAAAGCACUACAGAAUUCAUACUGGAGAGAAAGUUUACAAAUGCAGUACGUGUAGCAAAUCUUUUACUCAUUCCUCAAGUCUUAUUGUGCACCGGAGAAUUCAUACUGGAAAAAAAUUUUACAAAUGUAAUACAUGUAACAAAUGUUUUACUUAUUCCUCAAGUCUUAUUGUACACCAGAGAAUUCAUACUGGAGAGAAACCAUAUGAAUGUAAGGAAUGUGGUAAAGCCUUUAAAACCAGUUCACAACUUACUCAGCACCAGAGAAUUCAUACCAGAGAAAAAUUUUACAAAUGUACAACAUGUAGUAAAUCCUUUAUUCGUUCUUCACAUCUUAUUGUUCAUCAGACAAUUCAUACUGGAGAGAGACCCUACAAAUGUAAAGAAUGUGACAAAUCCUUUAAGUAUAGUUCACAUCUUACAAAGCACCAGAGGAUUCACACUGGAGAGAAAUUUUAUAAAUGUAAUAAAUGUAGCAAAUCUUUUAUUCAUUCCUCAAGUCUUACUCAACAUCACAGAAUUCACACUGGAGAAAAACCAUACAAAUGUGAUGAAUGUGGAAAAGCCUUUCAAAAUAGUUCACAUCUUAUUCGACAUCAGAGAAUUCAUACUGGGGAGAAACCCUACAAAUGUAAAGACUGUGGGAAAACCUUUACCUGUAGAUCAUACCUUACUCGACAUCAAGGAAUUCAUACUGGAGAGAAACCCUACAAAUGUAAAGAAUGUGGCAAGGCCUUUAACUGUAGGUCAUACCUUACUCGGCAUCAGAGAAUUCAUAGUAGAAAGACUCUAUAGAUAUAGCAAAUAAGGAAAUAAUAUCCAAAAUACAUAAUGUAGAAAUUACCAAAAAUAUGACAGAAAAGGAAACCUUACAGUUAAAAUAAAUGGAAGCAUUUAAUUAAAAUGCAAAUUUCAUUGUAUUGGGGGAUUCACAGAAUAAAAAAACUAAAGCACAAACACUUUGAAAUUUUAUACCAAAACAGAAUAUUUAUUAUGGAGAAUAAUCCAAAUUCAAAGCAAUUAUAUGAUUUUUUCAUAUGGUUCAAAGGAGCAAGAAUGGCCGGGCGUGGUGGCUGACGCCUGUAAUCCUA